AUGCAGAGCCAUCGCCUCAGUCUCGUGACCCGGCUAGAAGCCGAGAAAUUCGAUCCUCUGCCCUCCCAGUCUUCUCCCAUUCCUGCUGGCAAGUAUACCGUACGAUGCGACAAGGAAAAGAGGGUGCCAGAGAAUGGGGAGGAUUUCAGGAAUGACGUACCCGUGUCUGACGUUUGGUUCCACACUGGGCCGCUCCGUCGCGAUACCAUCCAGCGGAUUCACGGGCUCAAAGUCUUCGCCGAGACGCACGAUCAGGGCUUCUGCGACAAUCCGGCCGGUGGCAACUGGACCUGGCUCGAGCUGGCUAUCCUUGAGAAAGAGUGGGACACGACCCCGAAGAGGGCCCGUGGCAUCGACCUUGUCUGGUUUGACCAUGCGAUCAGGCACGAUGAAGAGCGUGAUGACGAGGCCGCCAGUUUCAAGUGGCGACAUGGUGAUGUUUUCAGGAAGAAGCAUAAGUUGCUGCGCUUCUUGGAGGAGGGCAAUUGCAUUGCUGUCCGCCUCUGCGCCCGGUUCCAGGGUUGGCAGAUUACGGGCGGAUCCGCGUAUCUUGUCAUCGACAUCGACGAGGAACCCAUCAAGCGCAAGCCUGUUUACCUGCCGAACGUAAAAGAAGUCGCGUCCAGGAUGGAAAGCAUCCAAAUAACCAUGAGGGAAUUCAACACGGCAAUGAAGUUAAACUUCGUGCCUGAUGCGCCGGCUGUUGAGAACAGUCUUCAUCGUGUUGACUCGGUCCUCGGUCGGGACCGCCCUCUACGUGUUCUCGUUCUCGACGGUGGAGGAGUGCGCGGAUACUCGUCUCUUCUCAUUCUGCAGGCCGUGAUGGCCAAUAUUGGUAACCCCAAGCCAUGUGAAGUCUUCGAUAUGAUUGGCGGCACCAGCACUGGCGGCUUGAUUGCUAUCAUGUUGGGUCGUCUCGAAAUGAGCAUUGACGAAUGCAUCGAGCAAUAUCUCAAAUGCAUGAACAAGGUGUUCAAGGACAAGAGCAAGUUGCGUGUCGCUGGACAAGGACAAUGGUACGACGAAAAACCGCUGGAGGAUGCCAUCCAGCAGCUCGUUCAAGAGAGGCUCCCCAAAGAAGGCAAGGACGCACUGUUGCUUGACGAUAGCAAAAAGUGCAAAGUAUUUGUCAUGGCAUUUGACAAUACGAAGCUAGGCAACAGCGGGCCGGUCUACCUCCGCUCAUACGUGAAGAAGAACAACAUCUUCCCAGAAAUCAAGAUCUGGCAAGCAGCCCGCGCAACAUCCGCCGCACCCUUCUACUUCAAACCGAUAAAAGUCAACGACAAGGACGAGAAGAAGUACGAGCUCAUAGACGGCGGCAUGGGUGCGAAUAAUCCAUUGGGAUGGCUGUGGAACGAAGCAGUAGACGUCUUCGGCGCCGUGACACCCACCGAUUGCUUCCUCAGCAUCGGAACCGGCAUCCCGACAGAUGAGCUCCUCCCCAUCCUGAAGGGCUGGAACUUGGCCCUCCCCUGGAAGUGGAAAGACUACGCGCUGGUAUUGUCCAGCAUCGCGACCAACACUCAGGUCACACAUCUCAUGUUCCGCUCUUUGAUCAAUUCGCUCGCCCCCAGUGCGGGGGAGCAGAAGUACUGGCGCCUGAAUGUCGGACAGGAGGGUCAGGGUGAAGAGUCGCCGGACAAGGACCGCCCCCAGCUUCCAGAUCUGGACGAUGCGAGCAAGAGGGAGGAGAUCAUGAAGCAGGCCGACGCUUACAUCAAGAAGUGGGCGACGGAUAUCGCUGCUGCCGCUCAGGCCUUGAACAAGAAGCAGUCGGCAGAUGAGCUGGAUCAUUCUUCUUAG